UGUGUGUGUGUGUGUUUGUGUGUGUGCAUGUUUGAGAUACCUACAUAACUACAAGGAGGUUCAUUUCACAUUUGAUAACGAAGACAACACAGCUUUCGACAAACCCAGAGAACUCGAGCAUCUGAGCAUCAUGGCCGCCACAGCUGUAGUUAUCCAGCAGCAGCCGAGGGCGGUGCCGAUGGUCACAGCGUGGAGUUCAGGACUGUGCCACUGCUGCCAGGACAUGGAUUCAUGCUGUUGUGCGUUCUGGUGUUUUCCCUGCUUCGCCUGCAGAACCUCGUCUGAGUUCGGCGAGAGUUUUUGUCUCCCUCUGGUGGAUUUUCUUGGUCCUGCAAUAAUGGCUGUUACAGGCUUAGGGGUGUGUGUUCCUCCUGUCACUCUGUCCAUGAGGGUGGCCGUACGAUACAAGCACGGGAUCCCGGGCAGUUUGUGUGAAGACAUUCUGGUCUCCUGUUUCUGCAUCUGUUGCUCGUGGUGUCAGAUGAACCGGGAGAUCUUACACCGGAAACGGACAGAUGCGGUGACCAACGGGCAGCACGUGCCCUUCACCACCGUCACCACCACCGUACCUACAAUAGUGACUUAGUCGUGAAUUUAAAUCAGAAUUUUCUCAGACUUGAUGAGAAACUAAUUGAAAAUUGGGUCCUGAUAUCAGUGGAAGAUAAAAUAAGUGGUAAAAAAGUGACUAAAAAAAAUAUAUAUACGCUUAACAUGGUUCUUUAGGAGUAGAAUGUAAAAACUUAUAUCGUAUUAAUAAUUCAUUAAUAAUGAUCAUUGUUUUUUUUUGUUUGUUUGUUUGUUUUUUUUUUUUUGGUUUUUUUUUUCUUUCAAUGCAAAUCACUUUGGACCCCAACACUGCUGCAGCUCAUAAAUUAAGAUGAUUCGUGUCUAUUA